AUGAUUGAAUUUUUCCUUGCUUGUAUUCGUUUAAAUCCACAUAAUAAUGAAGUGUUAAAAGUGUGUUUAAACUUACAAAGUAUAUCAGGCAUCUCGGGUGUAUCAACAUUAAAAGAUAUUUUUUUCUCAACUCAACAAUUUCGUUCACAAUAUACAAAUUUUAAAUUGGUUAAAUCUGAUAGAGAUAAAGAUCGUGAUCGUCAGUCGGAAACCGAUGGACCGAAUAAUCGUGAAUUAUUACUUUGGAUUGUUCGUUUGAUUAUUGUGGAUCCUUAUUUAAUGUUACAUAAUCCAAAUAAACUCGAUCAUGAAACACAAAUGUCUACAUUUGAAUUGAUUAAUGGUCUUGUAUCACUGGUUCAUGAUUCAUCGAUGCCAGAUGUUGCACAUACGACCAUGGAAUCAUUGCUCGUUUUACAUGAAAAAGAAAAUAUUGAAUUGUGGAAUCCGGAAGCAUGUAUCAACACAUUUUGGUCAAUAUCAUCACAAGUACUCUUCUCUAUUUCACAAAAAUUAGUUUUACAUCAAAUUUACAAUUAUCCAUCGGUCCUCAAAUGGUUACGAGAAAUUUUGAUGUUAAGAAAUACAUUUUUGUUACAUGAUAAAGAUAAUGCUUAUUUAGGUUCAAAUAUACCCAUGGCUAAACAUGCACAUAUGAAACUAGAAAUUGUGUUUUUUAUUUAUCUCUGGUCUGUGGAUAUUGAUGCGAUAAAAACAGCUAUGUCUUGUUUUUCAUUAUUUUGUGAAGAAGCAGAAAUUCGUUUUGGUUUUGAUGAAAUGGCUGUACUUCAACUAUUACCAAAUUAUAACAUAUACAUGGAACUGUCUCAUGCAUCGAAUAAAGUCACAUGCAGAAGAAAUGCACUUCAAAAGAGAAUUCUAUCAUUGUUAAGAAAAAUUGAACAUGCUACCCAUGGAAAUAAACAAGCAUGGUACGAUACGUAUGUGUCAUAACAAAAUGUCACAAAAUUUCUCAAUGUAUAUCCGAAACGGGUGGAAGAUUUAACAGGAGCAACAAGUGGUAGUAGCGAAAGUGGUGGCUAUAAGUUCGAAAAACAAAGAACAGGAAGAAAGAAAUAACUCUUGAUCAGGCUUUAGAAUUAUUUCAACAAAAAAAAGGGAAUUUUAUUAGAAAUUGAAAAGAUUAGAGAAGCUUUUUUAAAAUAUAAAAAUUUAUUUAUAAAGUAUCUUGAUGAGAUUAUUAAUAAAAAAUUUCAAUUGCAUUCGUCAACAGAGACGCUGCCAUUUCGUAAAAUUGUUUUACUGUUUAGCAUAAGGGUGAAUAUGCUCUUUGCUUUAAAAAUCAUAUGAUAUGCAGAAAGAUAGAAAUUUAUGUUAGAAUAAAAUUAGCCAGUUGCGAGAGCAAAGGUUUUUACAUUCCAUCUCAGCCGAAUAUUUUUUCUUAGCUCUCGUCGACUACUAUCAUUACAAAAUCCACAGAAUAUUUCACUUACUUUAGCUAAAGCUGCUCAUAUAGCGACGAAUACGAAUCAAUCUUUUACGAGAAACAGAGGGUAGGUACAAUUUGCGUCUCGAUCUAGCGGCUGCGUCUCAGCGUCUCUAUUUGGAUUGGCUGAAACCAACGAAUAGAAAUUUGUCUAUUUUUUAUCGAUAAAAUAUCCAAAAAUGCGUUAGUAGUUGCGUGGAGGUUAAAGAAAAAGAAGAAAAGGGAGUUUUCCUCAUUGGCUGUGCGGUGGUGAAUGGAACAUAAACUGGCGGACAAAAUUUUAAGCUAUUUUAUAUUUUCAGUUUCUCCUUAUCAAUUUCAAAAGCUGAUAAGCAUCCAAAUAGGAUACUCCAGACUAUGGGCUA